GCGACAACACCACAACCGUCGCCAUGCCUACCCGAACUUCGAAGACCCGCAAGCACCGCGGCCACGUCUCCCAUGGAAAGGGUCGUGUAGGAAAGCACCGCAAGCAUCCCGGUGGUCGUGGUCUGGCUGGUGGUCAGCACCACCACCGUACCAACAUGGACAAGUACCACCCUGGUUACUUCGGUAAGGUUGGUAUGCGAUACUUCCACAAGCAGCAAGCCCACUUCUGGAAGCCCAUCAUCAACCUCGACAAGCUGUGGUCACUCGUCCCCACCGAGACCCGCGAUGCUUACGUCUCCGGCGAGAAGAAGGACACCGUCCCCGUCCUCGACCUUCUCCCUCUCGGCUACUCCAAGCUGCUCGGCAAGGGCCGCAUCCCCGAAAUCCCCCUGGUUGUCCGCGCAAGAUGGGUCAGCAAGCUGGCUGAGCAGAAGAUCAAGGAGGCUGGUGGUGUUGUUGAGCUGGUGGCUUAAAUGCAUUACGCUGUGCUGGAGUAAGGCUUGUGGAUUUGGAACCGGGUUUUUCACGGUGGAAAAUGGAUCUUCGCCCCUGUAUACCGAGACAAAGGUCUCUGGGGAGGGAUUGGGUUGUUCGGCUACGAGCAUUGCAUCAGGGACUCUAUAACGGAGUUUUUUUAACGAAUGAA